UGGUUUUCUUCUAGCCGUCUUGGCUUCUGGUAUCGCAUCAUUAAUCACACAACCUAUUGAUGUAUUAAAAACACGUUUACAAGUACAAAAACAGCGUACAUCAGUUCUACAUACAUUGCUUACAUUAAUUGAACAACGUGGUGCACUAAUAGGUUUAAUGAGUGGUAUAUUACCACGUGCAAUGAUGGUUAUACCAAAUUGCACAGUUUUAAUGUCACUAUAUGAAUAUGUUAAAAGAAUUAGUGUUAAGACACACGAUAAUGAUGGCUAUAAUAUAUAG